AAAUAAGGAACUGUUUUGAUACAGACCUUGUUUUAGCUGUCUCAAGACCAAUGUUGUGGAGUCUGGUGCGUGAACAGAAUAUGGUGUUUAUCAGCUCCAAAACAGUCAACAUGGCCGCCAGGACUUCACCGUAUAUGUUUGUACCUCCAACAAUCAUACUCUCCCAUCAUGUUCUAAGUGUAUUUGCAGAGUGCUCCCUCCUCUUUCUCCUCCUCCUCCUCCAUUGACUCUGCUAUCGAUCUCGUAGGCGAGGCAGAGAGCGGGUCAGCGAGGAGGGCAAUCAUGCAAAUGUGAAGCGGGGGAGACAAGAAGUGAUUAAAGUGUCCAUUGGCAAUGUCACCUUGACUACAAGCUACAGGAGGCGAUGAGGGCGCUCUGCAUCCGUGCACUGGACAGAGGAGGGACUGAUGGUGCUCGCCCGUCCGCCUGAGACCACGCACGUGUGUGAGCGACGAGCAGCCGGAGAGGAAGAGCGAGGAGGAUUCGUCGCUCCCGGGCGGAACCGCAGCCGCCGAAGAUUCCUCUCUCUUCAGAUCCCCCCCAGCUGAGGCGCCCCCGAGAUGUCAACGCACUCAGUGGCCUUCCUGCAGCCCCUUUUUGAAAGUGAAGGCAUUGUUUUCCCAGACCAAGAAACUGAGAGCCAUGAGGAAGGCGAGUACUUUCUCAAGGUUCUGAUUCCCAGCUAUGCGGCCGGCUCCAUCAUCGGCAAGGGAGGACAGACCAUCGUCCAACUGCAGAAAGAGACGGGAGCCACCAUCAAGCUGUCCAAAUCCAAAGACUUCUAUCCCGGCACCACAGAGCGCGUGUGUCUGGUCCAGGGCACGGUGGAGGCGCUGAACGGCGUUCACGACUUCAUCGCCGAGAAAGUGCGAGAGAUGCCUCAAAGCAGCCAGAAGUCCGAACCUGUCAGCAUCCUGCAGCCUCAAACCACCGUCAACCCCGACCGCAUCAAACAGGCCAAGCUGAUCGUCCCCAACAGCACGGCGGGGCUGAUCAUCGGGAAGGGCGGGGCCACCGUCAAGGCGGUGAUGGAGCAGUCGGGCGCGUGGGUGCAGCUCUCCCAGAAGCCCGAGGGCAUCAACCUGCAGGAGCGCGUGGUCACCAUCAGCGGCGAGCCGGAGCAAAACCGCAAAGCGGUGGAGAUCAUCGUGCAGAAGAUCCAGGAGGACCCUCAGAGCUCGUCCUGCCUCAACAUCUCCUACUCCAACAUCACCGGCCCCGUCGCCAACUCCAACCCCACCGGCUCGCCAUACGCCAACUCCACCGAGGUCAUGCCGUCAGCCGCGGCUGCAGCGGCAGCCACGGCGUCAUCCUUGCUGGGCCAGGCCGGCCUGGCGGGGGUGGGCGCCUUCCCGACCACCAUGUCCAGCCUGUCCGGCAACGACCUGCUGACCAUCACGUCGGCUCUCAACACGCUGGCGAGCUACGGCUACAACACCAACUCGCUGGGUCUAGGCCUCAACCCUGCCGCCGCGUCAGGGGUGCUCGCCGCCGUGGCAGCCAACGCCAACCCGGCAGCGGCAGCCGCAGCUAACUUGUUAGCAUCCUACGCCAACGAUGCUUCCACCAGCGCCGGCCACCCGGCCGCAGGGCUGGGGGGCUUCUCCUUGGGGUCGCUGGCCGCCGCCACUGGCGCCACCAACGGCUACCUGAGCGCCGCCUCGCCACUGAUGGCGUCGUCGCUGCUGGCUACGGAGAAGCUGGCGGAGGGAGCCAAGGAAGUGGUGGAGAUCGCUGUGCCAGAAAAUCUGGUGGGAGCCAUCUUGGGAAAAGGAGGGAAGACGCUAGUGGAGUACCAGGAACUGACCGGCGCCAGGAUCCAGAUCUCCAAGAAAGGCGAGUUCAUCCCCGGAACUCGGAACAGGAAGGUCACCAUCACGGGCUCGCAGGCGGCGACGCAGGCGGCGCAGUACCUGAUCAGCCAGCGGAUCACCUACGAGCAGGGGGUGCGCGCCACCAACCCGCAGAAGGUGGGCUAACGCUGACAGCCAAUCACCAGUGAGGAGGGGAAAAGAGGCAGGGCUCGGGGGAGGAGCGUAGAGCACGAAUGUCAGACGGAACGGCGGCUUUUUCCUCUGCGUCUUUUCAGUAUUCUCGACUACAAAAAAAAUGUGCUGAGACGGCAAGGGGGAGGAGUUUUCACGCUGAAAAAAAACCAAGAAAAAAAAAGGUGUAAAAUGUAAAUAAGUUUUAUUACUUAACGUCUUUCUGGAUUUGUUCUUUGUUUUAAUGUUUGAUUUGGUAACUUAAGAUGUUUGUGGACACGCUGAAUGACAGGAAGUAGGGGAGUGGAGGGGGGAGGGGAUGGCGUGGACUCUGCCCCCUCCCUUCCCCGACACCCCCGCCCUCUCAUAGGGUUUUUCUUUUUCUUUUCUUUGCCCCUCCCCUUUUAGCCCCCUCUUGACCUGCCCCGCCCCCUUAACCAGGGCGGGGCGGGGCUGGAUGACUGCAAAGUUGACAGGCGCGCACGCGAGGAAACGUAACGUCGGCGCCGCCGUCCCCUCGCGUGCGCGCGACGGCCACCCCUUGCCCCUUAUCCCCCACCCCCGUGACGCCGAGGCGCACGCCGAUGACCUCACGUAGCGCGCCAGCUGGCUAGCUGGGAUGGACGCACGCGAGCGACGCCGUGACGACAUGGUCGAUAUUUAUUACCGAGGAGUUCACAUCUCUGUCAGCGUGUGAAUUCAUCUUGAAUGUAAAUUUGUUUUAAUUUAAAGGUUGGACUGCAGAUGUCACAUAGUCUAAUAUAAUGAUGUCUUAUUUAAGAGAGGGCGCCACCUGGUGUGCGAGCAGGGAACACAACACUGGCAGCCUCGAGCAGCAGCAGCGUGGCGUCUCGGCAGCCAUGUUGACCCGUGUCCCUAAUGGGGAGCAAUAGCACUUAGGACUAACUACUGACACACGCCAACACUGAAAGGCGGCGAGGGGGGCGGAGCCUCGAGCAUACCGUGAAGGGAGAUAGGCGCCCCCGUGUGGCGGACGCCAAGCCGCCCGACAUGCUGUUUAUUUUUUUUAGUGAUUGUCUUGUGGUUGUUGUUUUGUUUUUUUACAGUCGCAGUACACUGAAUCUUUGUCUUAAUGCACUGUGAAGCGAGGGGGCGGGGCCUCGCCGCCUCCGAAGCGAGGGAGGGGAGGGCGGGGUCUGAUGUCAGGGAUGCAAACUGGAUGACUUUUAUAUGGCAGGGAACACGUCUGACAUUUCUAUAUGAAUAUUUACAGCGAAGGCCAGGGAUGCAAUGAACGACCUCGCGCAGGACAGAGGGUCGAGGGGCGGCGGCCUGUUGGGGUCAAAGGUCACCCGUCCUGCCGGAACAGCGGGCGGGGGGGGGUUUGUCGAAAAGGAUUCUGGGAAUUUUUUCAUAAAAGCCCAAAUUGAAGUGUGAUGGAACGUAAACCAAAAAGUGGAGGAGGGGUGCGUUUGAUUUGCUCGCCCACAGGAGGGCGAGGGAGGGGUGGCGGGGGGGUAUGGCUCCUCCUCCUCCGAAGCAAUGUGGCCCACAUUGGCGGUGAUGGUGUCACAUGGCCAGCAAGGCUUUCUGGUAAGGAGGCUUCUUUACUCCAUCUUUAACUCCAUACACUCCUCCCCUUUCCCCCCCAACGCACCCCCCCAUCCUGACUCCGCCUCCUCCUACCACAUCGCUCCAUGGGUGGCCAUGAUGCAUGUCCUCUUCUUCUGCUGCUGCUGCUGCUGCUGCUUCUCCUGGGGAGACGCCGUGUGCCGCUAGAGGAAGUCAAGUUGUUGUUGUUGUUGUGUCGUCAUGGCAACCACAGGAAGCCUGCCGCGAGUAUUUUAGAUGUUGUGUAGACAGUUUUGGAGCCAGGAAGUGGCCCCCGCACUUCCUGCAUGGCUCCUGUGGGAGGGCCAGCGUUGUCCUGGAAGCAAUACUUGUCGUCUCGUCCUUCUCUGCGCUUUCCGAGUAGCCGUAGAUGUUUCUGUUCCUCCUUUUGUUUGCUGGGAAACGCUGCUAGGAAACGCUGAAAAAAAUAAAAUAAAAAGACAUCCAUUUCUAGCCGGAAAUCGCCGACCACAGGUUGAAAAGUUUGGCGCCGUGCCAAAAGAGCUCUCCUUGAUUUGAUAUCGCAGACGUACUUUUAUACGAGGAAAAUGUGAAACGUGCCAAAUGACGCAUAUUUAUCAUUUCUAGAAAGUGUUAACGCAGCAGCACUCCAUGAAACACUAACAUAGCGAUAGCUUAGCAUUAGCAUCAUAAUGCUGAAGAAAAUGUGACGACUUAGCAUUCUUAAACACAACUUUUUAUAGGGACAAGGAAGAUGUAUUUUGUGGAAAUAGAUGUUCACUUUUUUGCACGUAUAUAUACAUAUAAAUAUAUAUGAAUAUAAAUAUUGCAUGACGUCAAGUGUGGACUUAAAAAAAAACAAAAAAACAUGAAAAAAAUAAUUAGGCUGUGUGUGUCGUUCAUUGUCACGUGUGGGGGGGAGGGGGGGCGGAGUCACAGAUAAAGCGAACAAAAUAACCAGAGAACAAAAAAAAAAAUUGUUUUUGCACGUUUUUCGUCCAAAAUAUUUGGGCGUCGUCGGCUUUAAAACUUCUACCUUCUGUUUAAUGCAAACCAGUAUUCGGUUGUGGCAACACGCCCACUUCCUGUCACUCGCCAGUUGUUUUCAAACGAACAAAAUUCGUUUUUUUUUUAUGCACUAAAAGUUGACGUGCAUUCAUUCCUUGGACCCCCCCCCCUCCCCGCGGUGGGCGUGGCCGUGCCGGCGUAAACGUUGCGUAAACGUUGCGUAAACCCCCCAGAUCAAAGACGCGCGGCAAACCGAACUCGGCGCGUCUCUUCCGCAGCCCCCGCCACGAGGGGACCCCCUUUUUUUUGUGUGUGUGUGUGUGUGUGUGUGAACGCCCCCCGACCCCACACCUGAAGGGGGGGGGGCGGGUCUAACGAACACCAGCAAGUAGAGCAUUUGUCACGUCACUGUUUCUUCUCCUUUAUUUUGCUGCUGGAUGACUAACGACCAGAUGCCAUUUUUGUGUGUGUAGCCUGUUUAUCCCCCCCCCCGCCCCCCAUACACACACACACACACACUUAUUUGCACUUUCACUGCCCCCCCCUCCCCCUCCCCCUCCUCCAGUGCCAAACUCCAAGGACACUGAAAAGGCGUCUUAGCGAGGCACCCAUGAAGCCAGCAUGCUCCGCCCCCUCAUAACAUGAUGUCGCUCAUGACACCGCCGACCAACAGCACCUCCUCCUCCUCACCCCCACCACCCCCCCCUACACACACCUCCACCAGGAUUAACUCACCCCCCCCACACACCACCCCCCCCCCCCCCACCCCCCCGUCAGGUGGCACCUGUCAGCGCCUCCAAAGCAACCGCCGCUCAUGCCAGCUGCUUUCCUAACUCUGUCAUCUUCUUCAGCCGUGGGACCUCAUUGAUCGUGUGCCAUAGUGUUGGGGGCACCUCUCACCCCCACUCCCCCCUCUUUGUCCACCCCUCCAUCAUUUUUCCUGGAUGGGAAAGAUUCAUUUUUCUAACGACAAUUCUUUUUUCUCCCCUCGUUUGUUUGUGGCGACGCCAUGCCGAGUGUUGGCGCCAUCCUCUGUCCUCCUCUUGAACUGUUUGAACUUUCACCCCUCCCCCCGCUCAUGAACUUUACCCCCCCCCCCCCCCCCCCCCCCCCGUGUCCAUCCAGCUGUUUGGGACAGUAACUCUUCAUUCCAUAUGCCCGCCCCCUCCGGAAAAAAAACCAAACAAAAAAAAAAUACUGUGCAAUGCUCGCUGAUGUGAUUUCAACUCUUGCUUUGUCGCUCAUCAUCGAGGAUGACUUAAAAAAACAAAACAUUUGGACAAAAAGAUGCAGAAAAAAAACACUAAACUGUUUCCUCACGUUUUUGUUCUCUCGUUGUAAAUAUUUUUGUUGGGGGGCGGCAGCAUAAAGACGCUUGUUAGCUUGUAGCUGCUGUAUUCCCAUUUAGCUCGCUGUAGUAGUAGUAAUAAUAAUAAUAAUAGGAGUCAUUGCCAGUCAUCGACCAGCGGGUGGCGCCACUGUCAGACAUAUCACUCGCCCGGCUCAGGUGUGCGCGUCCGGAGGCGGAGCUAACCUUUGUGCAAUACAGUCUGGUUUACAUGCAAGGUCAGCACAUAUCUCCAAGUAUUACAACACGUGAGAUUAGGAACGUGUCAUUUCUUCACCGCAUGGCUCUAAGCUCAACCCCCCCUGUUUUAUGCUGCCCGCCCCAUUUCCCACACAUGAGCUAUUUAUUAUUAUUAUUAUCAUGACUCACGAAAUAACGGCAAGAAGAAGAGAUACAAAAAAAAAACAGGGAAAGACUUGGGGGUAAAAAAAGGUGAAUAUUGUUUUUCUUUUGUUAGUAUUAGUAGUUGCUUUUUAACAACAUUCAUUACCUGACGUAAAGAGUAUUGAAUAUUUAAUGUCACUGUAGCAUUGUGUUUGUAAAGAAACUAGUGAGUUGUGUUUGUUGACUUGUGGAUUACCAGUGAAGUGGGCCAUCUAGUUCUAACAAUAUCUAUGAGGUCAUUUUCUAAGAUUCUUAUUUUGCCACGGCAACAGCAGCCAUUAUAAAUGUUCAUUUUAGCAUCAC